GCCUGGGCCUGUGCUGAAAAACAGAGAUCCGGUUGGUGGACAUUUGGCAACUACUUCCUCUGAGGCUCAGCGGAGCAGCCACCAUCGUCUCGCUCACUCCCACCCCGGCCUCCCGCAUUCUCACGUCUUUCUCCUCGUUAUUUUGUUUCCCCCAACAUCAAUCAACCAUCACAGGAGCACAGCACUCCGUAUCCGUACACACGAAGCGCAAAGCCGUUCCCCCCGGAGCAGCGCAUAUGCCGCGCCGCGUUGCCGGCCAGCGCCGGCUGAUGGGCACGACGUCGUCAUCCCCGGCGCCGGCAGCAGCAGCAGCAGGCGGCGAGGCAGGCGCGGGGCACGGCUCGAGCCAGGACGCGAUGAAGAUAAUGGUGUCCGUGCUGGUGGUGGUCAUCGUCUGCACGCUCUUCUACUGCAUCUACUGCUGGCGCUGGCGGAAGCGCAACGCCGUGCGGAGAUCGCUGCUCCAGAGCCUGAGACCGAGGUCGAGCUCGGACCUGCCGCUGGUGGACCUGGCCUCCAUCCACGCCGCCACCAACAACUUCGCCAAGGCCAACAAGCUCGGCGAGGGCGGCUUCGGCCCGGUCUACAGAGGCGUGCUGAGUGGUGGCUCGGAGAUCGCGGUGAAGCGUCUGUCGGCGCGGUCGCGGCAGGGCGCGGCGGAGUUCCGGAACGAGGUGGAGCUCAUCGCCAAGCUGCAGCACCGCAACCUGGUGCGCCUGCUGGGAUGGUGCGCCGAGCGCGACGAGAAGCUGCUCGUCUACGAGUACCUCCCCAACCGCAGCCUCGACGCCUUCCUCUUCGACGCCAGCAAGAGCGCGCAGCUGGACUGGAAAACCCGGCACAACAUCGUCCUCGGCAUUGCCCGUGGGCUGCUCUACCUCCACGAGGACUCGUUGCUCAAGGUGGUCCACAGGGACCUCAAGGCUAGCAAUGUGCUCCUCGACAACAAGAUGAACCCAAAGAUUUCCGACUUCGGCAUGGCUAAAAUCUUCGAGGACGAGUGCAAUGAGGUCAACACGGGCCGUGUCGUCGGAACCUAUGGGUACAUGGCGCCGGAGUUUGUGAUGGAGGGCGUCUUCUCAGUGAAGUCGGACGUGUUCAGCUUCGGCGUCCUUCUGCUAGAGAUCCUUGGUGGGAAGCGGAACGGCGCCUUGUACCUUGAGGAGCACCAGCAGACCCUCAUCCAAGAUGCAUGGAGGCUGUGGACUGAAGACGAGGCCACGGAAUUCAUGGACGCGGCGCUGGGGCGAUCCUACUCGACUGAGGAGGCAUGGAGGUGCUUCCACGUGGGCCUCCUCUGCGUGCAGGACGACCCGGACCUCCGGCCGACCAUGUCCAACGUCCUGCUCAUGCUCAUCAGCGACCACAUGAACCUUCCCACGCCCGCUAAGCCACCGUCCUUCACGCGGCUAAGGACCUUCGCCGCAGCAUUGCCUCUCUUCACCACCAAGACGGAAUCGACUAUGUCGCCGCAGUCCAUCAAUGACGUCUCCAUCACCGUCGUUGAGCCGCGAUGAGGUUUCAGCCGCUGCCAGAUGUUUUCUUCUUCUGCACAUACUAGCUGAAAUUGUUAAAAAAAAAAAUGCAAUUUUGUACUGGUGAAACUGAAAGUGCGUGUACACCGGCCGUGCCAGUGUACAAGCUUAGUGGAGAUCUGCACUACCAAUUCUGUAAAUCGAUUUUCUGUGUUCCAUUCGUUCUGCUGGCAAAAGGCCAGAUAACAUUGGUUUUUCCGGCU